AUGGCGAAGCAUACAGCGCUGUGUAUAUUCUUCUUUUUAGCGCUGAGCUUCGGAAUAAGCUUGGCGGCUUCCCGGAGUAUUUUACAUUUCGGGCUGUUGACUGGCGGCGGAGGUGGAGCCGGCGGCGGCGGCGGAGCCGGAGCUGGAGCCGGUGCCGGCGCCGGAGGCUCAGUUGGACUUGGUGUUGGUGCCGGAGUUGGUGCCGGAGUUGGAGCCGGCGCCGGCGCCGGAGGUCUAGCCGGAGCUGGAGCUGGAGGAGCCGGCGGUGGAAGAGGCGGCGGCGGCGCCGGUGCCGGAGCCGGUGGUGGAGCUUACGGCGGCGGCCAUGGUCAUGCGCAUUUAAGCGCCGGAGUUAGUGGGAAUGCACAUGCCGGAGCUCAUGCCGGCGGAUAUGGAUAUGGACACGGACAUGGGGGCGGAUACGGCGGAGCGGGCGGAUACGGCGGAGGACACGGCGAUGGAGGAGGGCAUGGGGGCGGAUACGGAGGAGGACCACACGGCGGCGCGUGA